AUGACUUUUGGCAACGAUGAACAGCCGGCAAACGUGACUGCUCGACGGGGCGGAAUGGCGAUGACUUUUGGCAACGAUGAGCAGCCGGCAAGCGUGACUGCUCGACGGGGCGGAGUGGCGAUGACUUUUGGCAACGAUGAGCAGCCGGCAAACGUGACUGCUCGACGGGGCGGAGUGGCGAUGUCCUUUGCGAAUUGUUCGUUAGGGAACCGAGAUGCUGAUACAAGAGGAGGGCGCAAUGAGUGGGAUGAAACGUAUGUCGGAAAUAAGGGGGUUGAAGGUGUUAUCGGUGAAGUGGAUUUCCGUCGGUCUGCGUCCUAUCGAUCUCCACAAGCACAGCGGCCUACUGUUUGUGAACCUCUUGACUUUGUUCCGGGGGAACCAGAACCUGCUGUUGUUAGCGAAAGUGGAGGUCCUUUUUUUAUUGGCAGCACUACACGUCCCCAGAUGAGGAAUAUGAGUCCAGGGCCUUUUUGCCGAGGACCAGGCGCUGCACCUCAUGAGGAUAUUAGUGGCGGCACGCCGGCGGGUCGAUGGCGUGCGUCGUCCCCAGGGCCCACGUUUGGGGAGAGCGGCGCUGGUCAGGGCGUGAGGAACGGCGGGAAUUGGCAGCAGAAAACUCGGAGAUUGGGGGUGGCGCGCGAGGACUCUCCAGUGCCUGGUUUCACUGGAGUGCCGCUUUCACGGCCACCAACUGUGUUGGACCCCUUCGUUAGGCUCUCCACUCGCCCCAGCCCUCACUCGGGCGCGGGCACUGAGUUUCAGCGUAAAGUUGGGGAAUCACAUUUUUACCCGCCUCAGAACGAUCGCUGGCAAAGCCAUGAUGCCGGCAACGAUCUUCGCCGCACGGGAAUUCCUGAGCGUCGAGGUGAAAGUUUUUGGCGCCCCUCGUCGAUUGGUGGUCCGCCGCAGAAUGGCACAUCCAACUCUCUUGCGUCCCCUGUUUCAAGCAUCUCAAACAAUGGAAACUUGAUGCGCGAGGACGCCAAUUCGCGUGCGAGAGGUGGGUUUGGGGGAAAUUUUACCCCGGACACUAUGCACUGUUUUUCGCGGCGUCAAACCCUUGGUCGCCCAAACGCUGGUAUGGGCGGUGCACAGUGCGAUGCGACAAGCAUCAAUCGUCCCUCCAAUAACAUUGGCGUAUUCACGGGCUCUGGAAAUCGGAUGGGCGCAGCAUCCAAUCUUUCGUCAAAUGGCAUAUUUACGAGAAUGACUACUUUGUACGAUGGUGGCACUUCCCGUGUACCUAUCAUCGAUGAAUACGACUAUCCAAGAAAUGGAAGUCGUGUUCGCCCGCGGGGUGUGCAGGCUAUGGAUCUCUCUUGGUCAGGGAAGUGGGGAUCGUCGCGAUCGGCAUACGGUUGUCCCGGAGGCCGUGGUACGCCCCACCCAGUCUCCUCUCGUGUGGUUUCAAGUGCGAUGCCUUGGCGCAAAACAACCACCACACGCACUGGCGCCACGAGACGAGGGCUCCCUGCCACUAAGCCACCAUUGGCCCCUAGCAGCCGUGCACCGUUUCGUCCAGGUGCAGCAUCUGCAGGGGCACGCACUACUGUGACUCCCUCUGCCGUCCGUGGCCUAACACUGCGAGAACGGGUGCGGUUGAGGCAACAACAACAGCGCCGUGAAGCAAACCUAAAAACAUUUCAGAAUAACCUGCAUGAAAACUACUGUAUGGGAAAUGAUAUGAAGCGGUGUCGAAAUGAGGUUGCAGGGUCGUUUCAUACAAAGUCCGAUGCGGAGAUAGGGACCACUUUGAAGCUUAAUACUGUAACUGAGACGAUCAGACAUGUGGCGGGUGCCUCUGUCGACACUGCACACAACGUUGGCGCAGCAGGGGCAGAGGCACAAGCUGCUGCAACCCUUGAUGCAUACGGGGAUGAAGUUAAACGCUUGGAGUCUCUUACAAAUCCGUUUGUUCAAGCCGAUGGUGUGAAUGUUGCUUUUUGUCUGCGCGAUUUUGUUAACGCGUUUCUCUACUUACCGGGAGAAACACUGAAGGAACAAGAUCUCACGAAAGCGGUGUGGUUAGACGAUGGCGUCUCGUAUUUUAUAUCCGGUAAACCCACGCGGUUCUGUGGAGGAUGGGAAAGCUACCUACAACAUCUCAACCUUUACCAGCAGCCCUUCUACCUGAGGGAGAGGGCCUUCAUAUUUGUAUUGCGAGUUCCGUACCAGCCAAACCUUCGCGUUUGCGUUGCGGUGCACAACAUGGAUGAUUUCAUUGCGUUGUUGCAACAACAGCCAUUGAAGAAAAUUUUGUUAACAAAGGAGGAAAAAUGGAUGCAGGAGCGCCUUUAUAAGACAGGGCCUGAAGGGAGAGACAUUCAGGCCCAACCAAGACCCAAUAAAGUGGGAGGUUUCAAAAGCCUUCUUCGGCGUUUGCAUGUCUUUAGAAAAGACAAGCAUGCAGGUGAAACUUGUGACGCAGUGCAGCAAGGUGGUUGGGCUCCCAUGACGUGGCAGCGACGCUGGGCGCUGUUGUGUCUUCACGUAGAAGCGACACUGCGCGGUUCCGCAUGGAAGACGUUUACGACUCCCCUUUUGACUGAUCCUGCUUUAUUGCGGGCCCGCAUGUCUUUUCUCUCGAAUCGAACAGCCACGUAUGCCGCGUUACGUCAUCGACUCAACACCCUACAGGCCCUUGCUUCUAGUCGGGUGAAAAAGCAAGGGGAUGGAUCUGUCUUGCAGGAGCUGCGCGCAAUACAGGAACGGACUCAAUCCGCACCUUUGUUGCCGCUAGAAUCUAACCGUGUGCUUCCCCAUAAGGAGGAAGUACCGCCAUCUUUAAGGGAAACACGAACUCCAGCGAUGGCAACGACGACGAGGAGGGGUGUAGCAACGAGUGUGACAAGGAAGCGUGAGCCAUUUCGAGUGAACCGUGUGGGAGAUGGGUCGGCAACUGCGCUGCGUCGACCCCGUCCAGCGCGUCCCCCUAUGCAGCCAACAGAGAUGGCAACAACCGCUGCGACACGGCGAUUUAGUGAGGUACAGCUUGGAGCACAGACGCCGUGCCGAGCGACUUUGGCGCCCUAUGCGUCUUCGGUAAGCCUCUCGCGACCGCAUUUGCCUUCACCGGCAACCAAUUCAGACACAGUGGGGGUGGCAGGGCAAUUGUUGAUUCGGGAGUCGGAGAAGGACGCGUUAGUGCAGGUUGCUGAAAACGCAGCAGGACGAGCUACUUUUUUCAAUGAAGUUUUACCCCCUCCGAUGACGACUGUUUUGAAAUUUAUGUCUUCAUGGGAUCUGCCGGAGCAACAAAAACAUGUCUUUGGUGGGUGUUCAAAGGGCUCGUCACUUGCUUGUAUAACGAUGCCUAAUCCUGUGUUUGCAGGGUUACUUCCAACACCGACGGAAAUUCACCGCCAAAGAGAAUGCUUCAACAUCAGUGUCUCUCAACUGCAGCAACUGCUUCAGUGGCAGUGGGAAUACCAUCAGAAUUGUUACGAAGCAUUUCCGCUUCCUGUAUUUUCUGGGGCCCUUGUUGCACCCACAGAUGCCUAUUUUGCUGUCACCAGAGAAGUAAAUAAGGGCGUGGAUGGAACGGGGGUAAGCCCCUUAUCUCGUUCCCUUUUACUUGCCCUUACGAAAUGGGGUUGGAUGGUUCCCAUAAAUUACAAAGCCUCAAGAAGUGAUGCCCGUCUUCAUUUCCUCUCGGUAGAUUGGUUGCCUUCUUUUUUUGGACCUCCAGCGUGGACAAGAAGAGGCACAUUUUGCUUUUGGCUGUUUGUCAUUGGAUUGUGGCGAAAUCAGGUGCUCUGGAUUGCCUCACUUUACAUUGUAUACGCGUGUUUUCGGGCGGCUAUGCGGGGCGUCUUUGGUGGAUGCGCUAGACGACCUGCGGCCCUUGACUCUGCCACCUCCAUUGUGUACGAUCAAUCAGAGGCGGCGGUGGAGGCGAUGUUGGAGAGACGACAGCUCUUUCGCACACAAUCACUUGCCAUGCGCAUACUACGGAUACAAAGUUAUGUUCAAAAUGUUUUGAGCCGAGCAACGAUGCUACUGUGUGGGUAUUCACCUUUCCUCUCACUUCUCAUUGGCUUGGAGGUGCUCGUGAUGUGGCUACUCCUCAUCGGCUACAACUACGGUGUUUCUUACUUCCUCGCCACCACUCGUUUUGCAUCAGGGGUUAUGGUUGGGCAUCUCUCGCGGAUGUUAGAGUUACUUACCUUUGAGUGGGAGCCUGGCGUUCUGUAUUGGUGCGCCUCCCUCGUUCUACCGAGUGGUUGCGAUGGAACGGCAUUGGGCUUUCUGUUUGUGCUCUAUUUCCUUUUCUGCUUGUUGCCGUGGUCGCCACUACGGUGGAUGUGUUGGAGAACGUGGGAACUGUUUUUGUACGACGACGCCUUGGUCCGCCGCCCUUUGCUCUCGUUUUGA